AUGAAGCUAAACUUUAAGUUUACAAAUUUAUUUGGGACUGUAUAUAAGUCAGGAAAUCUUGAAUUUAUUCAAAACGGUUCCUGUCUUCUAAGCCCCGUAGGAAAUCAAGUAACAGUCUACCAUUUGCUUAGAGAUGAAGCACGUACUAUUUCUGUUAACAGUCAGUUUAACUUGACCCAUGUAACUGUGUCACCCAUAUUACCUGUUUUAUUCGCUGUAAAUACAAAUGGUGAUGGCACCCUCGUUUCGCUUAUUUCUGGAAAUGUUAUUAAUACUUACAAGUUUCGUCAUCCUGUGUCAGCUGUUGCUUUCAGCCCCAAUGGAAAAUAUUUGGCAGUUUCCAAGAAUCAUUGUGUCAUGGUCUUCCUUGCACCAGAACCAAAUCGCAGUGCAAAUUCUCUCGAGUUGUAUCGUUUCCUCUAUGGCUUUGGAGAUACUAUCACCAAUAUCGAUUGGUCAUCCGACUCAAGGUUUAUUAUUGCCGGUUGUCAAGACAAGUCGGCACGAAUUCUCUCAGUUAAAAAGUGCGACAAGUUAAUAAUUUACACACUCUCUGGCCACAACGGUCCAGUUUAUGGCCGUUUUUGCAGUGAUGAUAGUUUGGAUUGCUUUACUCUCAGCACUGAUGGUGAAUUGAGAAUUUGGCAUUGUGAUACAAAAUUGAGGGAUAUGGACGUCAAAAACGAGGUUGAGGAAGGUGGGCAGGAGACGGUUAAGGCCACGUUCAAACUUGUCAAAAAGCACUUCUAUCGCAACAUGCAGCAUCAAAGAAUUCAAGAAGAAAUUACCUCUAUGGUUUAUCAUCGCAAAUUGCAGAUUGUUGUUGCUGGUUUUGAUAACGGAAAUGUUAUACUGCAUCAGUUACCAGAAUUUAACAUUAUUGAUAGAUCAAGAAUUUUUUCUGAUCCUCUGAGUUCCUUAGUGAUCAGCCCUGCGGGUGACUGGAUUGCAAUGGCUUCAGAAGGUGGUAGUGGAAGUGGUGGAGAGCUAGCCGUCUGGGAAUGGCGUAGUCGCAGCGUCCAUCUCCGUGCCUCUUCACAUGCUGCCAACGAAGUGGCCGCAAUUGCUUACUCACCAGACGGCCAGUUAAUUGCAACUGGAGGACGGGAUGCUAAAGUGCGUCUUUGGCGUGUCGCUUCUGGUGGCAGAGCGGUUGUCACAUUCCAUGAACAUGCUGCCCCUGUUACCGCAGUGGCCUUCCCUUCUGCGAAACCCAAGGUUCUUGUAUCGGCUAGUUUGGAUGGCACCAUUCGAGCUUUCGAUUUAAACAGAUAUCGUAACUUUCGAACAAUGUCAGUACCCAACAGUACAGGAGCUCAAUUCUCCUGCCUCGCUGUUGACUCAACUGGCGAGUUAGUUGCUGCUGGUGCUUUGGACUCCUUCGACGGUUACAUCUUUUCAUCCCGCACUGGUGAUUUGCUUUGCGUUCUCUCUGGUCAUGGGUCACCCAUCUCCUCCAUACAAUUCUCUCCCCGCUUGGAAACUUAUGGCAGCCUGGAAUUGAUGACUGGAUCUUGGGAUUCCACAUUGCGCACCUGGGCUCUGGCGGAGUAUGAAUCGGCUGCUAGCAAUGUGGGAGAAGGUGGUGGAGCCAAUCUCUUGGAAGUUCUUGAUGUUCCGACUGAUGGUAAGUUCAGUAGCCAUUUAUUUUUUUAUUUCUUUAAGUGGCGCCACUAA